GGAAAUCUAGUUCAAACUGUCAUUAGAGUUAUUAAAAAAAUGAAGAGAGAUGUCAAACUUCACCUUAGUUUUAUUGAUAGUUUGAAAGAACUAAAUAAAGAGGUAAGAGAUGAUUUAAAUAAGAAAACAGCAGAUAAAACAAAGGAAGUAGAGGAGAAAACAGAAAAGUUGGAAAACGUAGGAAAUGAACUCAUAA